AUGCUCUUUGAUUCCGCUGUCCCAUUGUUUCACUUGGCCAUAGAUAAGGCGCCGGACAUCACUCCACGCACGCGUGAGAAUGGUGGCCUGCUGCACUUGCUGAGCCAUCGGAGUUGCUCACAGGACCAAAGUGCCAAGUGCAACCAGGGCUUCAUCAAGGAGAUGGACAAAAUGAGACAGGAGGCAGAUACUGCGCCGGAGAUUCAGGAAAGGCAUUUGUACACGAGUCUUCCAGACGAGCUCAUGAAUGACCCGCGGUGGCAAACUCAUAUCAAGCCAGGUGUACGUGGGCGUGGCUACUGGUUUUGGAAGGCAGCGCUGUCGCGGAUGCUGUUGUCGCAAGGCGUCCUCCAGAUAGGGGAUGAACUCCUUUAUGUGGACGCGGACUCCAUGGGCAUGAUGAAGCACCUCAUCAAGAUGCGCAGUCGUUUCAAAGAGGACCUCGUACUGGCCGCACAGCCCCAUUGCGAGCAUGUUUGGACCAAAGGUGACAUUUUCCAACGCUUCGGCACAACCUGGAACAACUUGCACUAUGGCCUCACUCAGCAGCCGAAGGCGCAGGCCUUUCUCAUGCGCUUGAACGAGCGCACGGUAAAACUGCUGCAGAUCUGGGAAGCUCUGAUGACGGACUUCCACUUGGUGUCAGACGAGCCUUCCAGGAACAAAGCCCUGGAUGGACCCUGGUUCAAAAGGAAAGAAAAUCGCCAUGAUCAGAGCAUCCUAUCGAUGAUCCUGAAGGCCAGCAUCGCGAAGUCUGGCUCAUGCAACGAGCCCGACUUCAAGUGUGAUCGGCUCGGCUCGGACGAUGAGACAGCCGGCUGGGAGGUGAGAGGGCCCGUUUAA